AUGAACGAAGAACGCCGUCUCAAAGGAGCUUUAUGGCAUACAGUGUGCCAGAUUGUCAAUGAUGAAACAAAUGCAUUAGAGAUACCCCAGAUUUCUCCAGAAUAUACAGCUGCCUUGACUGAGCUAGUGAUUCAGCAGCUAAUAACCAUUGGAUCAGAUAUUGAGGCUUUUGCUGUAGAUUUACGAAAAAAGAAGACAAUUACAAUGGAGGAUAUUUUUCUUUUAACGAGACGAAAUAAAGAUUUACAAAAUGAAUUAGGAAAGCUUUCAACCUUAAAAACUCUCUGA